AUGAUCGACUGGGUCACAAUCUUCAGCUGGGCUCGAGAUAUCCCAGUUCUCCUCAUACCAGCCCUCCUUAUACUAUACUGGUACAUCCGAAUCCCAGGAAACAUGCCCAAGAACAUCCCAACAGUACCAAUCUACAUCUCCCUACUGGGCCUAUGGAGCGACAUGGGCCAAGACGACAUUUUCGACCGAUGGCUCCGAGAACCACUGGAAAAGCACGGCGCAGUGAAGAUCUGGUUCGCAGGGCGCUGGAACGUACUCGCCACGCGGCCACAGUUUCUAGUGGACAUGUUCCGGCAAGAAGAUGUAUAUGCCAAAGCCGGUAGCCAGAAGAAGAUUCCCUGGAGUGUUAUUGCCGCGCUUGUUGGUGACAAUAUUAUCAACGCGCAUGGUCAGAAUUGGAAGCUUUAUACGUCUAUCAUGAAGGCGGGGCUGCAGAGGCGAAUUACGGAUUCGGCGCCGCUGUUGGAGAAGUCGAGGCUUUUUGUGGAUAUUUUGGUGGAGGAGCAGAAGAAGUUGGGGAUUGAGAAGGGGGUCUUGGUUAAUCCAAUUAUACAGCGAUGGGCGCUCAGCUGUAUGGGGAUCAAUUUUAUGAAUGUUGACCUCGAGGCUUUGGAAAGACCAGGCCAACGCCUUGAAGAGCUCCAGACAAUCAUCAAAAAGACCCUCUUCAAGCCUCUCUUCUUCAACUUUCCCGACCUCGACAAAUACCCCGGCCUCUUCCGGCAGCGCAAAGAUGCCUUCGCCGUAAUGCAAGAAUUUGGUGACCUUCUCGUCGACACCGUCCGUCGAAGAAUCCAAAGCACCGACCAAGACGGCGAACAAGUAGUCGACUACCUCGACCGAGCUCUAAAAGAAGGCAAAAUCGACGAAGAGCAAUACCGCGCGAACCUCAAAGUAACGUUCCUAACAGCGCACGAAAACGCCCAACAACUCCUAAACUCGACAUUCUGGGUCUUCGGCUCAAACAAAGCCAUCCAAAACAAACUCCGCGCCGAAAUCCUCGCCACAGACACGGCAAACCCCUCCACAGAAACAAUCAACUCCCUCCCAUACCUCUACUCCGUCAUCCUCGAACUCCUCCGCCUGUACCCACCCGUCUCGCAACUAAUCAACCGCGUCACAACGUCAACAUGUGCCCUAGGCGGCUCAAUCACCAUACCCAACCACACCUGGGUAGGAUGGAACGCAUUCGGCGUGCACACGGAUCAAAGCAUCUGGGGUCCCGACGCAAGAGAAUUCAAACCUGAGCGCUGGGGGAGUGACGUGAAGAGUAUCCAGAAUGCAUUGAGGAGCAAGACGACGGCGUGUCAUUUUAUUGCAUUCAAUGCGCACUCGCGAAAGUGUUUGGGCCAAGGGUUUGCGGUGCUACAGAUGAAGAUUGUACUGUGUGAGCUUGUUAGGAGGUUGGAGUGGGAUAUCGACCCAGGGUACGAGUUGAAAUUGACUUCGGGCGGCAUUAUGGCUCCGCUGGGGUUGAGGGCCAUUGUUCGUGAGAGACAGGUAUAG